AUGACUCUUAUCCUAAGGUAUAAAGUCCCUCGAACUCUUCUGAAGGGAUACUCAGGCAACUUUUUCUCGCCGAAUGCUCAGUACCAACGUGCAUACCCGCAAUCGUAUAAAGGACCUGGUGAUAGGGAUUACAGUGAUUUCGAAAAGUUGCCAUAUCGACACAAAGACCACUUUCAGCGUGUUUACGAAGGUCUCCCGGAUGAGAGGUUCCUGGACCCUGUCACUGGUAAAGUCAGGGAGCUUAUCGUUCAGUGUGCCGAUAAAGUCUAUAAUGGCCCACCGAAUACUACAUACAAGAGAACGUUCAUACGAGACGUUUCUCCCCUUACGCUCAGGCUGGCUAACUGGCCGAUGAGCGGGUUCGAUGCUGAUGAGAUUGAUGAUGAUGCUGAUGGUGAUAAGAAGCGCUCAAAAUCCAACACUCUUAAGCAUAUCUUGUCUUCUACUGAGCUUUUGGUCAAGUGGCCCAUUUCAUGUCUGUUGUUAUACCCUGUGGUGGGUAUCCCCGGCCUCGCAUCCACGGGCCAGAUCGUUAAUCAGGGCGGGUACGACCCUUUCCCCUACCGUUAUUGGGGAUAUUGCAAAGUCGCCCGCAACACCCUUGAAGACAGGGUCGCAAAGUCAUUCUAUGGUUCUUCUCUGACACCUGCCAUUGCAACCUCUUUGAAAACGAACCGAAUUCUUGAACCACCGACCCUUUGCUUCGACAUAGGUGAAGACCGUUCCCAGACUCUGUCGGUCGAGGAAUGGAAAAAGAACCCCAAAUACAAAAACCCUGACAAAAAUACCGCGAAGUACGUUUUCGUCGCUUAUACGAGGUCGCAAUUUCCUGGUUCAGAGUCAGAAGAAGAGGCUAUUCGCACGAUAGGCCUGAAAGCAGCUAGAGAUGCUGGUGUCCCGGCAUAUUGGCUGGACUUUGAGUGCAUAGACCAAGUCGAUAAAGAAAGUGGGGUCUUUUGCAUUAGUGAUAUAGUGCGCGGGGCUCAUGCGUUGGUUGUCGCCAUCGGUAACCCUCCCAGAAAGAUACCGUCCAGAAAGACUCCUACCGGAGAGAUAUCUGGCUGGGAGACACCUGCCGAAGAGAUACCUCCACCGGGACUGUCUGAUAAGGAAAGAGCCGAUUUCCUUCUGCGACGAUGGGGAAAGCGAGUGUGGACGUUUCCCGAGGUGUUGUUGUGUCAAAAUAGGGAACUGAAAGUAUACGAGCGAGGCCAGGCUGAGGCCAUAAUGGCCCUGCCAAAAAACCGGCUCGCGGAAAAAUGCUGGGACGAUUCUGACAGCAGCAGGCAACUUCUCGAUCAUUUUGCGGGGAAUCUCAUUCUCACACCCCUACAAUUGACCAUCAUUGCAUUUGAGUGUCUCUUCACGAGGGAAAAAAGGGACUAUCUAAAAGGCGAUCACUCCUACGUACUUAUGGGUCUCCUCCUCAAACGACCAAAAGUCGACAAAGAUGAUUCAGAAUUCCAGGCAUUCGCUCGCCUUUCCCUUGCCAAUGACAGUGACAGACUUCUUGAGCGCUUGAUUUGUCUUCUACCGGAGGAUCACUUCCAGAAGUGGCACUGUGUUUCAGAUGGAUAUGGUGUCAAUCUCUGGGAUAUUCAGCCACACUGCCAGAUAGCUGGCAUCUGUGACGAUGACACAGUCCUGAUCGAUGGAGCUUUCGGCGCCACAAUUCACUGGGACAGAUUUCGCAAGGUCAAUGCCCGACGGUCAGCUUCCGCCACGCGCACUAUGACCCAGGUACUACUCCACGGAGCCCCAUUCUUUUUCAUCGUGGGGAUUAUCCUAUUCAAGACGAGCAGGGAUGUUCGCGGACUGCUUUCUGGGUCGCUUGUACUUUCAGCCGUCGGGGAAGUCGAUCAGAAGGCGGAGGAUAAGAUGAGGGCUCUUGGUGACUGGGCGGACUUCUUCUUCGCAAUCGGCAUCCUGCUUUUGGCUACCGCGGCGACAACCUUUGUCACCUCGCCAUAUCUCACUCGUCUCUUAUAUCGCGGCAAGUUCUGGGGCUCCCAAGCUUGGCUGUUCGGGUUCGAAGGCUACGCAGACAUUAAAACCAUUGAAUCUCAGAUUUUUGGCGCGCGGCUCAAUCGCCUACGCUGGAGCCCAUAUGGCUCUUCCCUAUCUAAGAGCUAUAGGGAUAAGUAUGGCGAAUGCAAGGGAAUCGACCCGAUGACAGACCCAGUCGUUAGAGAGAAAAUUAAAAGAGCUGAGAGAAAUGAGAAUUUUGGCGAGCUACGAAUUUUCACGCUGGUGGACACCAACACUAUGACGGUCACCUUGUUCGAAGCCGUGCGACCGCCGACUGUUCUUCUUCUGUGCGCGGCGGAGGGAGGCAUGCAACGGGCCAUUGCCUGCUCGUAUCAGUGGAUGACUGGGACAUGUCAUCGGGAAACGGUUCUCCGAAUGGAAACGCCCGUUCUGGAGAAAAUGUCUCGAGUUUCUAGGGUGAAACUGGGGGUCAUUAGGAAAACCAGGGAAAGCUCUGAAGAAUAA